UUUUUUUUUUUUUUUUUUACUUGAACAGUCUGAAACGUCCACCACUGUCAUGUUUUCUGUAACAGGUGUGAAGCCACACUCCUGUAGCAACAGUUAUUUAUACAGUAUAGCCCUCUAAGUAAAAAAAAUAAAAUAAUAAUUCUAUAAAUUAAAAAAAAAAGUAAGAAGAAAUAGAUUCAGAUCUACACAAUGCCACACUCUCUGUUUCACUUACAAUAAUCACAACAACUCCAGUCUGGACCAGUCUGACUGAGGACUUGUGUGUCUUUUGAAGGGACACUUCGACCCUUCUUGUUUUGGCUAGAUGGGUGCAUGGCCAUACCUUAAAACUCUUAGAUUAGUGCUAGAAUCUGUUGGAGAAUCCACACAAAAACACAAGAGAUGAUGAUGAUGAUGAUGAUGAUGAGACUUGAAGAUGGGACAUAUACUGUAACACACGUAUCAUUCAAAAGGUUAUAACUUACCAGGUUGGAUCCUGUAAAUAGAAUUUGUUUACUAGUGCAUGUUUCCUGCCCGAUAGGUGGCGGUAAUGCGCCUUAAGGCUGGUAUGACAUCCGUCAAUCUAAACAAAAAAAGAAGACGGAACCAAAAAAAUACUACAGCACGUUCACUGUCGGUACUUAAUAGUGGGACACACAGCGGAAAUAAAUAAUUAAAGCACCAGUUGCUCUUUUGAAUGGGGUUAGAUGUUUGAAAAAUAUUCUUUGGUCGUACCUUACCUUAAAAAAAAAAAAGCAACCUGUAACACAAAAACAAUGGCAUCCGUGGAUUGUUUGAGAGAGUUUGUCAACGAGCGUCUGACUGCUGCUGCUGAAGAGAUAUUCAGAGUUUUUAAAACAACUAUCGUCGAGUAUGAAGAAGAGAUCGACCGUCAGUGCAGACUGCUUGGUGACGUUUUGAAACCUCAAAUACUCUUACACAGAAUAGAGCUCCCACAGCAACAUGUCCUCAACGAGGAGGAGGUUCUCACUGACCAGCUGCUCUGUAACCAGGAGAGGAACUCCAGUCUGGACCAAGAGGACCCAGAGCCUCCACAGAUUAAAGAGGAGCAGGAGGAAAUCAGCACCAGUCAGGAGGGAGAGCAGCUGGAACUGAAGCAGGAGGCUGAAACAUUCUUGGGGAUUCCUCCUUAUGAGGAAAGUGACCACAGUGACGCAGAACCAGACAGGGACAACCAGCUCCUCCGUCACAACUCUCACGUUUCUGAGAACCAGAGAGUCAAGCCUGGAGACUUCAUGUCAACGAGGAAAUCAAAAUCCCCCGAAAAAAGAGCCAAAAGAAGAAAUAACAAAUCGAAAAUAUCAACGAUUCACAACAAGCAGGGAGACACCGUGUCAAGUAGAAAUUUGUCAGAGACUGAAUGUAAUCCUCACACAGGUGCAAAGGUCCUCGAUUGUGACGUAUGUGGGGAAGCUUUUAAGAACAACUCAGGGUUACAGACACACAUGCGAGUUCACUCCGGUAAGAAGACGCAUACAUGCAAAACUUGUGGUAAAAUGUUCAGUUUUAAAAGUUUACUGGAAACACAUGCAAAAAUCCACACAUGUGAAAAGCCUUUUCCUUGUGAAAAAUGCAGCAGAUCUUUCAGAUUAAAGGGUGAAUUGACAGCUCACAUGAGGACACACACAGGUGAGUAUCUGUACUCCUGCUCCUCCUGUGGAAUAGGAUUCAUUAGGAGGGACGCGUGGCUCAACCACAUGGGAAUUCAUGCAGGAGAGAAGCCACACACUUGCAAAAUAUGCGGGAAAAGUUUCAGCAGUGAUUAUAAUUUGAAAGGCCACAUGUCAACCCACGCGGGUGCAAAGCCUCACUCCUGCAAAGCAUGUGGGAAAGGUUUCUUUCUGAAGUCACAGCUGACAACACACUUUAGAACUCAUACUGGCGAAAAGCCUUUUCCUUGUGAAACAUGCAGCAGAUCUUUCAGAUUAAAGGGUGAAAUGACAGCUCACAUGAGGACACACACAGGUGAGUAUCUGUACUCCUGCUCCUCCUGUGGAAAAGGAUUCAUGCGGCGGGACGGGUGGCUCAACCACAUGAGAAUUCAUACAGGAGAGAAGCCAUACACUUGCAAAAUAUGCAGCAAAUCUUUCAAUGCAAGAGGCAACUAUUUAAACCACAUGAGAAGACACACGGGUGAGAAGCCGCACUCCUGUCUCACCUGUGGAAAAGGGUUUUUUCUGAAGCACGAUUUGAUGACUCACAUGCGAAUUCACACUGGGGAAAAGCCGUUUCAAUGCACAAUCUGUGGCAAGUCUUUGCGAGAUAAGAAAAGCUUGAAAGACCACAUGAUGAGACUCCACAAUUCCAUGGAUCAGCCCUAACGUUGGGACCGCCUGCCUAAUGUUGUGUACUCACAAGUCUCGUCAGAUCGUGGUCAAAACUGCCCUAAUCUGUUAGGGACUGAUGGACUUCACUUGAGCUCUGAAGGUGUGCUGAGGUAUCUGGCACCGAGACGUCCACUUAGAUCCUUGAAGUCCUGCAAGUUGUGCGGCUCAGUCUACAUGGAAGUCAAAACGUUGAACUUGUUAGUCAAAAAGUGUUACUUCAACUUUUCCGUGAGAUAUUGUUCAAUUUAAGUCCGGGGCAGAAUAUAUGCUGUGUGUUCAUCAGUAUAAGGACACAUCUCAUGAGGGUUAAUGAUGAGAACAGAAAGGCUACUGCCCAUAAUCUCUUAGCAACACAAUUCAGAAUAAAAAAAAACACUCUUCUUACCCUGA